GGUACCAUGUUCAAAUCCCCUUGGGGCUCCUUUUUAUUUUCCAAAACUAUUUAAAUUAAAUAGACCAAAACUACGUCGUUUUGGCCUAUUUUAAUUAAAUAGACCAAAACUAUUAUAGAAUAUUUCCAACAAAUGAAGCUUAGGAGGGUACAUCUCUAGAAUUGUUGAAUGAUUUUUAUAUGUAAUUUUUUUGCUUUAUAAUACCUUAAUAUUUUGAUGGUGUAUGUUAACUAUGAAAUGUUAUGCUUCUUUAAUAUUUUUUAUUAGUUUUAUAUUAAUUAGUGAUUAGAGAUAUAAAAGGGUAGGGACCCCGUGACUCCGACUUUCUGGGUCCGCCACUGUUUGCACCCCACUUUUAGGAUGAUAUUGGACUUUGCAUCCAUUUUGAAAAAACUUUGACUUUGCAUCCCAUUCCACUUAAAAGUCCUUUGACUUUGCAUCCCAUUUAGAAAAUUUUCUUCACAAAGUGUUAUGUGUUGGGAUACAAAAUCAAAGUUUUUUCAAAUUGGGGUGCAAAAUCCAAUAUCACCCAAAAAGGGGGUGUAAACUCAAAUUCUCCCUAAAAAAUUAAGGUAGUUCCAAAUAUAUGUAGCACUUGUCUCUACGAAUUUUCGGGAUAGUUCAGGGCUGUUUUUGUAUACCAUUUAGUUCUUAAAUAAUUUAUAUAAUUAAAUAACUUAUCAAGUAUAAGGAAAUGUUCAGACACUCAAUUUCAAAGGUUCUGUAUUUCUAAUGUCAAACAUUAAUGGAGCACAAGUAAGAAUGUUCAUCAUAAUUAACGCAACAACCAUAAAAUUAUAAUUGCCAAUAUUCAUUUGAACUAAAAAGAGAAAACUCUCAAAUAGGCCCUUAUACUUUGUCCAAUUCCUCAAUUAAGCCCUCAUACUUAUUAAUCACUCAAUUAAAAGGUGUUCAAUUAAACUAAUUAGCAGGUAACCAACCAGUUCCCCAGUUAGCUACCCGUGUGGCAGUCCUCGUGGUGGAUAGAUGUCAUUUUCCUUUUCCUUUUUUCCUUGAGUCAAUUCCCUAAAUAGGACUAAAAAGUGGACAAAUUGCACAAAUAGGACUACAUUUUUUAAAUUCCCUUAAUAGGACUAUUUAUGUGUGUUUGGACAAAUAUACCCUUGUAACUUGUGAACUGUUUUAAUUAAUAAUAAAAUCAUAAAAAAAUUAAUAAAAAUCGAAAAAAAUACUAAAAUAGUAAAAAAAAAAUAAUAGAAAAUUAAUAAAAAUAUUUUUUAAAAAAAUAAAAAAAAAAUAUUUUUUUUAAAAAAAAUAAAAAAAAUCAUAAAAUUAAAAAAAAACACAUUACCACCCCUGCCACCCCCCAACACCACCAUCUCCCAUCACCGUAAAAAAAUAUGCCAACAUUUUAUAUAAUGCCAUAAUGAUGGCAUAAUCAAUGAAAAUGUUGGCAUAUUGAAGAGUAAUUAUGCCAUCUUUUUGGCAUUUUCAGAAAAAUAUGGCAUUUUUUUAUCAAAAGUGGAAGAAAUUUCACCAAUCGGAGGUGGUGGUGCUGGGAGGCGGCGGGAGGCGGUGAGAAAGGUAUCCAUAAUUUUUUUCAUUUUUUAUGGGUUUUUACUAUUUUUUAUUAUUUUUCAAAAAAAAUAAAAAAAAUAAAAAAUUAAAUUUUUUAUUUUAUAAAUGUUUUAAAAUUUUUUUUUAAUUUUUUUACGUUUUUUAAAUAUUUUUUUACGUUUUUUGUGAUUUUAUUAUGAAUUAAAGCAUUUCAUUAUGAAUUAAUACUCUUAGGGGUAUUUAGGGUAGAAAAUCAAUGUUUAGUCCUAUUUAGGGAAUUUUAAAAAUAGUAGUCCUAUUUGUGCUUUUUAGGAACUUUUUAGUCCUAUUUAGGACAAUUUCCGUUUUUCCUUUUAUUUCUUUUUCUCUUUUUUCUUUUCCCCGUCUUUCCAUUUUUUCAUUCUCUUCCUUAGGCCUGCACGACGUAUGUCUCCCUUCGUCUUUCCUUUCUUCCAAUCUCCCCCCUCCUUUCUCCCCCUUCCUUUCUUCCCCAGUUGCCUAAAAUUUCUGGCCGCCUCUUUCUUUCUAGACCGCGUGUUCUUCGGCGGAGACAACAAGAGUGGAAUUAUAGCGCACAGAAUGGCGUUCCGGCCGGAGAAUGCAGACCGAGCUUCGCAGAUCUCGCCGCCGGUUCACCAGAUCUCGCCGCCGGUGGUUAAGAGCUUUGUGACUAGCUCACUGCUUCACCAGAUCUCGCCGCCGGUUCCGAGCUUCGCAUCCUCCAUAGCUACAGUUCUCCCCUGCCUCUGCUCUGGUUAUGGUCGUUGCAGCUUCGAAGGUCUAAGCAAACCUGGCCCUGUCCAGUACCAUCGCUCCACUCUCUUCGCAAUACGUGACCAUCCAGGCCAUUGCCGUCGAGGGAUACGUCGUGCGCCGUUGGAUGAAGUUUGCCCGUCGAGGGAUACGUUGUGCAGGCCCAGGGAAGGAAGAGAACGGAAAAAGGGAAAGAAGAGGAAAAGGAAAAAAAAAGAGGAAAAGAAAUAAAAGGAAAAAAGGAAAAGGAAAAUGACAUCUGUCCGCCACGCGGGUAGCUAACCGGGGAACUGGUUGGUUACCUGCUAAUUAGCUUAAUUGAACACCUUUUAAGAGUUCG